UAGUUCAUAUUCUUCAGAUGUUCUUCAAAUAUACGGAUAUUUUCACAGAAAAAGGCUGUUUGUUUCGUAUCGGCUCACCUCUCAAAAUGAUAGCUUAUCAAUGAAGAUUUUCUUUUCCGUUAAUAGUUUAAGUGAGUUACAAAUUUGACCUAGCCUGCAAAAUUACAGGUAGUUGAGUGGGUGCAUAUUUGAUGCUGUGUGUGAUUGACAAACGACGAAAAAAUAGGAAAAAUAAAUUGAAAGGAAAAAAUGACGAGUAUAUAUUCAAAUAUUUGCAGAAAACGAGCUUAGAAGAAAUAUGUGAUAAAGCUAAAGGACUUUAACUUAAUGAUUAGGUAAUACAGGAAUGCCAGAUCAUUUUAGGUUUUUCGUUCCACCUGAACCGUGGUUUCACUUCAUGUUUUUGACCAAUAUAGAGACUCGAUUAAAUAAAGUCCUCUAAGGACAGUUACGAAAAUGAUCAGGCAAUGUCAAGAGACUUCCGCACUACCUAUAUUACUUCAUUUAAUUUACACACUUGCUGUAAGCCAUGCCGAAAAAUUCAAAUGGCCAGUUGGGAUACAGCCGAUCAAAAUGCAAGCCGCAUUAAUGAAGCACCGGAUUAUCCCAGACUGCGUUGAUGGCAUAUCCAAGUAUGAUCUGUGGGCUGAAUUCGAAGAAGACAAAACCAUAUAUUACGGAAACUUCAUUCAGCCAACGGCUGACACUGAAUGGUUGGCUCAGCACAUUGAAUGGGACGCAAAGCAACUAGAUCAUUUUACGAUGAUGCUUUUGGGUCUGGACGAGCCAACGGAGAAAAAUCCCAGUAAAAGAGAAUAUAUUUUCUGGCUCAUCACAAACAUUCAUUCAUACGCCAUUGAAGGAGGAGACGAAAUAAUUGAGUACAAGCAACCAAAAGUGACUCAAGGAUCAGGGGUUCAUCGUUACGUGCUUAUUGUAUACAUCCAACCGAAUGAUAAUUUGACUAUGACUUGGAAACCCGUAAACAGCACUUCUGAAACGCAUCGAGCGAAUUUCAACCAGCGGAAGUUUGCUAAAAAACACAAACUAGGAAAACCAUGGGCGAUGAAUUUUUUCAUCAAUUAUUGGUUACCGCCUGGCGCUACUUCACCAGGACCCUCGACGCUGCCCCAAUCAACCCCCAACAUCUGGCAAAGGCUCGCCGCCGAGGCCGAGGCCAAAGAGAAAGCAAAGCAAAAUGGGUGAAUCUAUCAAAGAAAAUAGACUACGAGCAUGAAGACCAAUCCACGCAGAUCUUUUAACUAAGAAGAAUACGAUUUUGACUCUGGUUUCAAUCUAACACUUCUGGAUUUGAAAACUUGUUCUACGUGUGUUAAAAACUUAUCUGGAAAGUUAUGAACAAGCCUCAAGCAGAUUCUUGUGUUGAAUGUUUGCUCACCACGAUGGUCAAAAACUUUGAUGACAAAACAGCAAAACUGACCUGAAAAUAGAAUACGGAAAAUAAAAUUUCAGAUCUUCUGGCUGAGGUAAAUGGCUGACAUGUUUAUACGAGAUAAAUCAUCGUUUCAUGAAAAAUAAACUCCUUUCCAUAUGAA